AAAUUUGAACCCGACCCGUUUCAUAUAAACCCGCAAGCUCGAUGAAAGGUAAAAACCUUUAAAACCCUAGUUCACUCACAACCUCCAUUUCCUUCCUUGCGGCUGCAACAUUAUCGUCUUCUCUGUGCUCUGAAACCCUAGAGGAUCAACAGUUUUCAUGGCGCCGAAGAAGGAGAAGGCUCCGCCGCCGUCGUCUAAGCCGGCUAAGUCCGGCGGUGGUAAGCAGAAGAAGAAGAAGUGGAGCAAAGGAAAGCAAAAGGAGAAGGUCAACAAUAUGGUUUUGUUUGACAAGGCAACAUACGACAAGCUUCUUUCUGAAGCUCCAAAGUUCAAGCUCAUCACUCCUUCCAUCUUGUCCGACAGAUUAAGGAUCAACGGUUCUUUGGCACGUAAGGCGAUUAAGGAUUUGAUGGCAAGAGGUGCAAUAAGGAUGGUAUCUGCUCAUGCUAGCCAGCAGAUCUACACCAGGGCUACUAAUACUUGAGAUCUAGCCCAUAAUGUGUUGCUAUGUCACUUUUGAGAUUUAAUUUUGCUCUUGUUGGUUAGAUUUGGAUUUCAAAUGUUUGGUUAAUUUUUCCGUUGGUCGUA